AAAGAGAGAGAGAGAGAGAGAGAGAGAGAGAGAGAGAGAGAGAGAGAGAGAGAGAAAGCGUCGUUUAUUAUGGGACAAGUCCCCUCGAGCGCAAGGACUUAUUAACAAAGGAAUAAAGAGAGAAUUUGACCGUAUUUCUCAAACAGUACAUGAAAUAAAGUGAAAUAGAAUAAAAUAAUGUGAAAAGUAUACGAUAUUAAAACUGAAUAAAGAAAAUUAACGCGUGUAUAUGCAUGAGAACGUAUGCGUAACAUAUAAGAGUGCAUGUGUGCGUGUGUGUGUGUGUGCUCACAGGCAUAUAACGGAGAGAAAGAGAGGUGAUAGACAAAGCGGACGACUAAACGCGGGGAUAACUCCGACAGCUCGCGAUUAAAGAUAAGAGCCCGGGAGAUAAUACGUGCGCGCGAGACAAACAGUGGAUGUGAAGUGAUAAUUCACCGAGAGCGACACAGUGAACGAUUAACAUUAACCCCCCCCCCCUCCUCCCCCUCCAGGCAAACAGACCGCCAUUAUCAUUACCAAAACAGCGGGAGAUCCUCGGCGCCGACACUACGUUUCUCGCCGACAAGAUGAUGGGCAAACGGACGCAGUGUUAUCUGUGCGACCUGCCCAGAAUGCCUUGGGCGAUGAUAAUGGACUUCUCAGAGCCGGUUUGUCGCGGCUGCGUCAAUUACGAGGGCGCCGACCGCAUCGACCUAGUCCUCGAGUCGGCCAAGCAGCUGAAAAAAGCGCACGGUUUUCAAGACGCCCGGCCGUCCGCCUCCAAGACGUAUCGUACUGGUUCGGGACACACCGAGCACAACGGCGGUACCAAUCUCGACGUCCUGCCGAUUCAGAACACGCCACAGGGUAGUCAUACGCGUCAUCACAACAUCGGCGGUUACUCGCAGUUACACCAUCGUAACUCCAUCACCGAGUUCACCUCGGGAACAGCGGCGGCGGCCGCUGCCGCCGCCAGGCAGCAGGUCGGUCGUCAACACGGUGACGAGAGCCACGAAAUCGCCAACAGCAUAAGGAACAAUCCACCGCGCUUAUCCAACGCCCAUCUGGCCGCGGUGGCCGCGCAUCAGAUGACCCUGCACAAUCGCGGCAUUACCCAGCUCAAACGCGGCAUCUCCGCGAUCGACGAGGAUGAACACGCUGAGAAACGACUGUCCCUGGAGGAGCAGCAUCCAGUUAGACCACCGCUGACACGCGGGGACUCUCUACCGGCGGUCAGCUUGGCCGUCAGCUACGUGGACCGGAACAAAGAGAAGCAUCCGGUGAGGGCGCCCAGCUUCGAGACGGCGACUACCUUCAAGGCCAACGGAGCAUACGUUGGACCAUCUAUACCAUUGGCACCUGCCAAUGUCGCGGCCAAUGGUGGAGGAUCGCCUCUUCGUCCAAGAACGAGUCCUCCACCACCGCCACCGCCGAAUCAAGAAGGCGCCAACGAUAAUUCACAAUCGAAUCAUCAUCAGAGCACAGCGAAUGGUCCAUCGCCAAUGGCCGCUUUAAUGUCAGUCGCUGACAAUCUAACAUCGCCUGAGCCGGUACCACAGCCGCCGAACAAUCCCAGUCCCACCAGCAGAAGUCCACCGACUACAGCCGCGAACGCUCAGCAACGCAGUGCUUCUAGAGGCUCCCAGCACAGUCCGAAUAGUUCAGGUUCGUCGGGCAGACGGUCCAGUAGUUCAAGGCAGGUGUCAUCCACGACCGUGACGACAUCCUCGGAGGGCGCAGUUGCUCAACCGACUGCCGGCUCUGAACCGGUCACGGCACCGACCCUCAAGUGUACUCUGUGCCAGGAACGCCUGGAAGACACGCACUUUGUGCAGUGUCCCAGUGUGCCACAUCACAAGUUCUGCUUUCCAUGCAGUCGAGACAGCAUAAAGAGACAAGGUGCCGGCUCAGAGGUAUAUUGUCCGAGCGGCGAGAAAUGCCCGCUGGCGAACAGCCAGGUACCGUGGGCCUUUAUGCAGGGUGAGAUAGCUACCAUCCUAGGCGAGGAUAACGCGGGCACCGGGCUCAAAGUCAAGAAAGAAAGAGAAUCUUAAAAAUUCUCUUUCAAUGUCGAAUCAGGGCUCAAAUUUUCUGUUCCUCUUUGUACAGAGGAGCUAUUAUGGUUGGAACCGUGAAGGGUUUCACCGAACGCUUUUGGUAACGGUGAUAAAGACUCGUUGGCGACAUGCGGGAGAGCCAACGAAUGAUUCGAGCCAAAGACGUUGUCUGGUGCGAUACGGAUUCUCACGAAGUUGAUGUUGACGUCAAUGAUAAGGGGAGUACUAUGGGAGAGGAGGGAAAACGAAAGAAAGGGUGGAGAUAAGGUUGAGGGAGGGAAAGUGGACGAUUUGAUUUUAUUCGAAGCCGGCGGUUGAUGACGCGUUUUAGUAAUGUGAUCGGUAUCGUACGGUAUUUUAUCUUUUGUGACCCGUUUUGAGAAGAAGUCUUUGGUAACUUGCAUAUUGGCGGUCGAUUGUUCUGCUGCACACAUGUACAUAUGAAUUUCGUAGAGAUCGGUUGAAUUGACACGACGGAAAGCAGCACAUUAUUUUUCGCGGAGCGAAAAUUUAGAGGAGCAGUGCGCGACGUUGGGAUCGCGACGAUAGUGAUGAUGCUGAUCAUUUGUUGCCCGGUUGGGUUUGUACUUAGGCUCGAUAUGCCUUUCUUCAUUGUCUCUUGUAUCGCGGGCAUAAUUGCCUGCGUUAUUUUACACACACACACACACACACACACACGUAUACAAGACAUACACACAGGCAAGUAUAUACUAUAUACAAUGUACAAGAACACAUUUCACGCACAUUUCGAAACGGAAACUUGACUUGGUAUUGCGAAACGCACGCGACCACAUUGUACUUUUAUUUUUUUUUUUCGCGUUUCCAUUGGAUGAUUAGAGUCGUGGAUUUAAUCGGGAGACACGGUCGUGUCUUGGCGCUAACAGGAAGUGUAGAAAUAGCGCGAGACCAGUCAUGUCUCUUUAUUAAUGACUAACGCGAGAGACAAGUAUUGUCUCCGUGGCUAUCGCCGCCCCUUUUUCUAUUCUUUCGUUUGUAUACUCUUUCUACUUAUACUCUUCACUCGUUGUAUUAUAUAAUAAUUAUAUAAACAUACGGCGGACACAUAUUCGGACCCAGCGCACGGGUUUUUUGUACAUUGUGUAUAUGUGUACAUACCUACAUUAUUAAUAAAGCGUAUAACUAAAAGAA